AUGAGAAAAGCGAAUCUAGCAUUAAAGCGUGAAAGACAUGUCGUGCCUACAGUGGAUGACAUUAUAAUGGAACUAAAUGGCUCCACCGUGUUUUCAAAGGUGGACCUUUACAAAGGGUUCCAUCAGCUCGAACUUUCCGAGGAAUCAAGAAACAUGACCGUGUUCGCAAGCCAUGUUGGACUUUGGAGUGUCGUGAAAACUGACAAUGGAUCUCCAUUCAACAGUCAAAUCUUCUCGGACUUUGCAGAUCGUUUUGGUUUUAAACAUAGAAAAAUAACACCACUCCAUCCGAUGGCAAACGGUACAGCAGAAGCAUUUAUGAAGCCUUUAGUUAAAACCAUGAAAACCGCAUCAGCAUCAGGAAAGAACUUUAAAACUGAAAUCAGUAGUUUCCUCAUGAACUAUAGGAGUACCCCACAUCCAAGCACUGGGCUUUCUCCGUAUGAACUCAUGUUUAACAGAAAAAUGAAAACAAAACUUCCCCAGUUUUCAGUUUUCAGAAAGGAUAAGUAUGUCAGAGAAAGAGACACUAAAGCAAAGAUGAAAAAUAAACGUUAUGCCGACAUCCGACGGAAAACGAAGUAUUCAACAAUAAAACCUGGAGACAAGGUACUUGUGAAACAAAAUAUAAGGAAUAAACUUGACACACCAUUCAGCUCUUCAGUCGGUAAGGUAAUCCCCAGAAAAGGUUCUAUGGUCACAGUUCAACACAAUGAUCGUACAAUUACCCGUGACAUAUCCCCUUUCAAACCUGUAAACUCAUUUAACGACAGCGACCAGCGUAAAUCCUCUUCCGGCGCCGACGGUACCUCACUGCGAAAAUCGGGAAGGAAACGAAGACCCCUAGAAGGUUUAUAG